CCUGGGUUUAUGCAUUACUUGAAGAAGGAUAUCCUUCUCGUUAUGUAGUAAAUAAAGAAAAUAUUUCACAAUUAACAGUUAUAAGAAUUAAACAAUGUAAAGAUAAGACUGGUCCAUUUAAGAAUCAACCAAAAUCUGGUCAUCCAAGACUUAUAACAGACCAUAUUGAACGAAAUGUUAUAUAA